CCGAACAGCUGUUACAAUCAGUUUAAUUAGCAGGUGCAAAUUGCGUAUUUUGAAAGCCUAAAUUAUUAAAUAAUACACGACAAAAUGGCCCUGAGACGCUGUCACUUGAACCCGAAGAAAACUCUCUUCCUACUGUGCGACAUUCAGGAGAAAUUCCGGCCCGCCAUGCCGCUUUUCGACAACAUGAUCAAGAAUGUCGACAAACUUACCAAGGCGGGUAAAGCUCUGGAUGUUCCACUGAUCGUCACCGAACAUUAUCCGGAAAAACUGGGUAAAACCGUGGGACAAUUGGAUGUGAGCCAUGCAAAGCUGGUCUCCGGAAAAACCCUCUUCAGCAUGGUUACUCCCGAAGUCAAGGCUGUGAUAAAGGAUAUUUUCAGUGACAAGCCGGAGGAUGUGGUUUUGUAUGGUCUGGAGUCCCACAUUUGCGUAGAGCAAACCGCUAUAGAUCUCUUGGAGCAGAAUAUCAACGUGUACAUAGUGGCGGACUGCUGCUCCUCCAGGUUGAACCAAGAUCGAGAUUUGGCUCUGGACCGUCUCCGCCAAGCGGGAUGUGUGAUCACCACCAGCGAAAGCGUCAUUUUCGACUUGGUUCGGGACAAGAACAACCCCAAGUUCGAUGUGGUCCGGAAACUGGUGAACCAGCCCUCGGUGGACAUGGAACUCACGCGCAACGGGAACGGGCAGCCAGUGGGCAGUGCCAAGCUGUGAGGGUGCUCCUCUUGUCAUAUAUAGCUGUAUGUGGGGAUGCCAAUUGCAUUUAUAUAACCAUCAUGAA